AUGGCUGGCGUAGCAGAACGAUUUGAUGGUCAUAUUUUAAAUAAAUCAAAAGAAUUAGUUGAUCUUAAUGAUAAAAAAUAUAAAGGCAAAAUAAUUGGUCUUUAUUUUAGUGCUCAUUGGUGUCCACCAUGUCGUAAUUUUACACCGAUAUUAAAUAUGCCUUGGUUAGCAUUAGAUUAUAAAGAACGUACAAAAAAAAGCAAAUUAUCAGACAAAUAUAAUGUUCGUGAAAUUCUAACAUUAAUUCUACUUGAUGGAGAUUCAAGAGAUGUUGUUUGUACUAAUGCAAAAAAAAAAAUUCAAUUUGACGAUACUGAAGGAAAAGAUUUUCCAUGGAAAUCAUCAUAA